CAAUCAUUUAUCAUUUUGUAAACUAAAUUUAGAAUUACAUGCAUGUUGCAAGCCAAGAAAGACUUGGCUUGUAGUAGUCUUUUUUUAGACCCAUAUAUGGGAACAAGAUAAUUUUAGUUAAACUGUAGCCCUUAUAAAAGGGAGAGAAACCAGAAAUAAACCACGCUUUCUUGGAAAAACUCGACAGUUUUGGUGGAGAUGCCGAGUAAGGCUAACUGUGUUCAGUGUAAUAACUAGUUUUUCCAAGGAAAUUUAAUUUUCUCUUUUGAUCAAAAUUGUUAAAAUUUAAGUUGUAAUAAAUUCAUUAGUGCUACUAAGUAAUAUAAAUUAAGUUAUCAAAUUUAAAUUAGUUUUUCUAGUUAAAAAGAGUUGAAUUCAUUAAGUGUUAAUAUCUUGAGUAGUUUUAACUAUAAAUUUUACCAACUGUACAUAUAUAUACACCAUCAUCAAACUCACUGUUUACGUGAAACACAACAAUUUGACUUAUUAAUUGUGAAUAAAUAAGUGUGAAUUAACAAUAGAAUUUACCAACUGUACAUAUAUACACAAUAUAUACACACAUCAUUUUAAACUAAUCUACAUAAAAAAAAGGACAACAAUUACUUCUACAAAGGACACAACAUCCUGGUAGUCUUUACCAAUUGGUCAUAACAUCUGGACGGUUUUACGAUUUCUAUUUAACUAUAAACUACAAACACGUAAGUAGCUAGUUUUACGGAGAAUUUGCAUGUAAAAUAGCAUAGCUAUUGACUAGAAAAUUAAUAUAUUACAAUCGCGAAGAAAAUUAGAGGAAUCAAGAAAAAUCAACUUGACUAUUACUAUGUACAUAUAUUCAAAUCAGAAAAGUCUGAAAAUUUAAUUUACUCUCUUAACUUGUAAGAAAAACCCAGACGGAUUUACCAACUUAUAAAUACUCGUAUUGAGUAAUAGCCCAAAAUAAAUAUAGUCAAUUGAUGCCCAUUAUUUGAAGCCAAUGCCUAGCACCUGCGCAGAUAUCUAUAUAUCAAAAUAUAUCUAAACAGGCAAUUCACAUUGCAGAAAUAAGCUAUUCAUAGCAAAAUUAUACACUUGUCGGUCUUCCUGAACUUAGUUCAGUAUUAAGAUUGAAGAUUGACAAGCUGUGCAACUAUACCUAGUUACAUUUUUUCAUCUGAACUUAGAUUCAGUAUUUUAUUGACACCACAUUGUAUUUUAUUGAGUUACUGAUAAUUUCCACCGAUAAUUUUCUUAAUUUACAAAUUCUUACGAAACUCACUUAAUUCGGAAAUAAAAUUGUAAACCAUUAAUUUUUCAAGAAUUUACGCAGAAUAUAUAUACAUAAAUAAAAAGAAAGAUCUAAUAAACUUGAAAUACAAAUUAAAGAUAAAUAUAGCUAUUCAUCAUCAUAUUGUACACUUGCUUGUCUUCCUGAACUUAGUUUCAGUAUUAAAAUUGAAGAUUAUCAAGUUGUCUUAUUCACAAUCAAUUAGCCUAUUUAACAUUCGCUAAAAAUAACAAUUAUACACUCGUAUAUUUACUGUGCCACAAUACUUGAUACUUUUCCUGAACCUAGAUUCAGUAUACUGCUUGCCAGUAAAAGAGGAGCAUCAAGUAAAUCUAUUUUGUUUUGACAAAAAAAAAACUACUUAAUUAACAAAUAAAGUUCUCCACUCUCGCCAAAUUCUCCUGGAAAUUAAUAAUAGAAAUUUAUAACAUAUAUACACUUAUCCAUGACAAAAUCGGAUGAUAAACUAAAAUUAAAUAUUGUUGUUACCCCACUAAGAAAUCGCAUCUCAUACGGAGGUAAACAACCAAUUACUUUAGUUUAUUCAUAUAAUAGUAAAUUAAUAGUAGAUUGUACGUUAGCUGGUGUACAGUCAACUGAUAGACCUGUACCCCCUAGAUUUAGAUAAAAUAUAACUGAAUGACUGAAACCAAUAAUAAUAUUGAAAUUAAUGCAGUAGCUAUUGCAUUAAUACCUCACCCUCGUUAUAGUGAACACCAACCAGUAGUCGUAUUUUAUCAACAUCAUAACAAAACAGUAAUAGAUUUCACCCUUCUAUGUUACGAAACAAACGACGCUUUAUCAGUCGACAUUAGAAACCUUUAAUCUAUGAAUAUUUAUAGCUAUCCAAUAAUCAAACCUUCAAAAAAUCAAGAUAUAAUUAUCGAAAUAGACUCCGAAGAAGAGGACGAAAUAGAAAUAAUAGCAUCUGAAUUGAUAUUAGUAGUCUCACCAUUGAUUGCUUUUGCUCUCUGGUUCGCCAUACUCUUGAUACGUUUUGCCAUUGAUCAUCACUCUGGCCCAGCGUAAUAGAGUAUCUGUUCUGAGUAACAGUAUGAAUCAGUCAAACUCGCAAUUAACCCAACAAGAAGCGGCUCCAGUUGUGGCAGCUGCUCCGGUUGUAACAACUGGUCCUGCAUUACCCUUACCCAACAUUUCACUAACUAUAAAUUACUUCUCCGGUGACGAUGAUGAAAACAUUAUUGAUUGGUUUCAAACCUUUGAGUUCUCUGCGAAAGCUUUGGGGUGGAGCGAGACUGAUAUGUUCAACGCCAUUCCGGCGUAUUUACAAGGUACAGCUAGACGAUGGUACUAUGCUAUCUCUGGCCAAGUCAUGCCCGAACAUGUACCAACUAAUUACAUAGAUCUGAAAAAUCGUAUGGUCGAAGAUCUUUGUCCGGCGGAUUAUAGAUCAUAUCUCUCGCAAGAACUUUAUAAAGCAACCCAAAAGAUCGGACAAUCUGCUGUUGCUUUUAUUUAUGAAAUGAAUGAACUCUGUCUCCGAAUUCAUGAAAAAACUCCCGAAGUUUUUAUUGUAAGCAUGAUCAAAGAAAAAUUAUUACCCCAAAUUAAAUACGGUAUAGCGCUACAUAAUCCGAAAACAUUACAGGAAUUGGUUGAGAGAGCUCGCUUAGCAGAACGAGCAAUGCAUAGUUGUGCAAAUCCUUUUGAACCACCAAAUAGAGAGAUAAUACAACUACAAACCCAGGUUCAGCAGAUAAAAGAGCGCAUGGAAACUUUCACCAGACGCUGUACUAUUUGUAAAAGACUUGGACACACUGAAGACCGAUGUCACUAUGCAAAUCGAAAUCCAGUGGAACCUAAUCCAAAUUAUAAUACUAACCAAUCUAACCAAACCCACCCUAUUGGGGUUCAACCUUACUCAGUAAUAAAUUAUGGACAUCCUACAAUCAUGAAUGAUCCAAAUUAUCAACAAGUAAUUGCUCAAGCCAAUAAUAAUUAUCAAGCUGCCUUAGCAUCAGGCAAUUAUCAACCAGGACGACCGGCAGUCACGAAUCGUGCUUUUGCAGAAAGAAAGCCACCACAAAAAGAAAAUGAAACAGAAAAUUGGCGUGACAGACCUUCGACCUCGAAAAAAGAAACUGAAGUAAAAACAGCCGAGGCUCCUAAACAAACACGGCGGGGAAGAUCGAGAGAAAGAUCAGCAACUCCUAAAAGAGGACGACCCCCUAGUCGUGGACGUGGACGUGGACGAGGCAAAGCUCCCCAGGUUCGAGUGAUGGCUUAUCAGGAUGAGGAAACGGAAGAAGAACCAGUUUCUGAUUAUGAAUAUGAACCAGAUGACCAAUACAUUGUAAACCCUGUCGUCUUUAUAUUGCAUAAAAAUUUGAUUCAACAAUUUGUCAAAGUAAAUGGAGUAAAAGUCGAUUCAAUGUUAGAUACGGGAUCUGAGAUCUCACUCAUUACUAAAGAACUGGCCGAUAAUUUAAAUUUGAAAGUCAAAAAUUAUGAUGGACCAGUCCCCUAUGCAGCUAACAACAAACCUUUACCAAUAUUAGGUAAAGUCAAAGUUCAAAUGAAAAUCACCGAUGGUUCGAAAGUGGCUGUUAUCGACACUAAGCUACAAGUGGUAAAAAAAUUACCACGUAAAUUCAAAGUAUUAGUUGGACAAGAUUUACUGAGCGAAGCUAAAAUUAAUAUCAAUUGUGGUGAUAAAACAAUCAAGAUUGGAACUGAAAAACAUGUUGAAUUAAUCACUACUGACGACGAAUCUUCGUUACAAUCACCUGAGGAACAGUCACAUCUAGAAAGUGAACAGUCACAUGAAAUUUACGACUUAAACGAUUUUGUCUCUUCUGAUUCGGGCAUAAUCCAAUCUUCAGAUUGUCCUGAAAGUGAAUCAGAGAAUCAUCCUCUGUCAUCAAUUGUGGAUAGAGAACUUCCCUUAAACAUAGAGAGUGGAAUGCCUGGAGGUGUGGAAAAAGAAUUGGUGAAAUUAUGCAAUGAAUAUCGUACAGCUUUUGCUGUUUCAGCUCAAGAAUUAGUAAGAACUAAUCUCUUUCAACACAAAAUCGAAACUGGAAAUCACCCACCUAUUGCUCAAUCACCUUAUUCUCAAAGUGAACAAAAAAGAGAAAUAACAAAACAAACUGUUGCGGAAUUAUUAAGAGAUGGAAUAAUUGUAGAUUCAUUCUCACCUUGGUGCUCUCCUGUUGUCUUAGUAAGCAAAAAAACAGGAGAUUGGAGAAUGUGCGUUGACUAUCGAAAACUUAAUGCAAUCACCGUUAAAGAUUCCUAUCCAAUUCCCAAUAUUAAUGUUUCGUUGGACGCACUUAAAGGUUCGCAAUAUUUUAGCUUAUUGGAUCUUCGAUCAGGUUAUCAUCAGGUUGAACUGGCUAAAGAAGAUCGCCAAAAAAGUGCAUUUGUUACCAGUUUUGGCAUGUAUGAAUAUGUCACGAUGCCCUUUGGCUUAUGUAAUGCUCCGGCUACUUUUCAAAGACUGAUGAACUGUUGCUUAUCAGGUUUAAAAUAUUCGUGUUGUUUGGUCUACAUAGACGACAUAAUAGUUUUCAGUAAAACUAUUGAGGAACAUUUUGUCCGCCUAAAAGCCGUUUUUAACCGGCUAAGGGCAGCUGGAUUGACUCUAAAGCCUGACAAAUGUUUCUUCUUUAAGCGGAAAAUACUUUACUUAGGCCAUAUCAUAAGCUACGCUGGACAAGAGCCUGAUCCAGAGAAAAUACGUGCUGUAAAAAACUUUCCUAUCCCGUUAACAUUGAGAGACAUAAGAGCUUUUGUGGCAUUAUGCUCCUACUAUAGAAAGUUUAUAAAAGACUUCGCUAAAAUUGCUCAACCAUUAACGCAAUUAACAAAGAAAGAAACUCCGUUCGUUUGGGGACAAGAUCAAAUGGAAGCCUUUGAAUAUCUGAAAGCUUGCUUGAUAAGAGCACCUGUGCUAGCUCACUAUGAUCACACCCUAGAAACCCAAUUAAGGACUGAUGCCUCUGAUGUUGGUUUAGGUGCUAUAUUAUUACAAAAACAUGAUGGUAAAUGGAAACCCGUCGCCUUCGCGAGUAGACAAAUUCGUGGAGCCGAAAUCAAUUACCCAAUAUCGGACAAAGAAUGCCUUGCAAUUAUCUACGCGUUUGAAAAAUUCAGGCAUUAUCUGGAGGGGAUCAAGUUUGAAAUUGUAACAGACCAUUGUGCUCUCUGUUUUAUGAGAUCUAAAACUAAAUUACCACCUAGACUCAUGCGCUAUGCCAUGACCCUCCAAUCUUUCGAAUUUACCAUAACUUAUAAAUCAGGGAAAAUUCAUAAGGACGCAGACUGUUUAAGUCGCUAUCCAACUAACGAUCCUGAGUUCAACAGCAUCGGAGAGGAUGAUAAAGAACAAGGAGAUGACAUCUUUGCACUUUUAAUAAGUGAACAAGAAGAUGAAUCUAUCAAUCUAAUGAAUCAACAACGAGAUGAUCCAUUAAUUCAAGCUCAAAUACAACAAUUAAAUGAUAUCGAAAAACUAGAACCAAGAAUUCGGAAUAAAAUCAUUCGAAACCAUAGAUUACAGGAUGGUAUCCUUCAAAGAAAAGUUGUGACUGAAACAGGCACUAACUGGGUUCCAGUAGUCCCGGCUUCACUUAUAAAAACAAUUUUGCAAUCUUACCAUAAUGAUGUCGUUUCGGGUCACUGUGGUCUGUACCAAACAUAUGCGAAACUGAAGCCGAAAUAUUAUUGGCCAAAAAUGUCCAGGGACAUUGCUAAUUACAUCAAAACUUGUGAGGAAUGUCAACGAAAUAAAAAAGGUACUGGGAAUGCAGUUCCACCUUUAAAACCAAUCUACGUGUCUGCUCCUUUUGAGAAAAUCGGAAUCGAUAUAUUAGGUCCUUUACCGCCAUCUGCUGGGAAAGAAUACAUCAUCGUGGCGACUGAUUACUUUACGCGGUGGGUGGAAAUGAAAGCAAUUGCUAAAAAGGACACCAUUAACACGGCAAAAUUUUUGAUCGAAAAUAUACUUUGUCGACAUGGCUGUCCGAAGACAAUCGUGAGUGAUCAGGGCAGAAAUUUUAUAGCAGACACAAUCAAGGAAAUUGCCCUAUUCAUGAAUACAAAAUGGCAGUUGUCAACUACAUAUCACCCACAAACAAAUGGAAUGACAGAACGAGUAAACAGAACAAUUUGUGAAAUGCUGAGUCAUUAUUGUCAAGAAACAAAUCGUCUUCGUUGGUCUCAGAUAUUACCAUUGAUGAACUUUGCCUACAAUACUUCGACAAAUCAGAGUACACAAUUCUCUCCAUUCUACUUGCUUUACGGAAGGGAACCAACUUUACCUAUUGACUUGAAAAUUAAUCCAGAUAAUAGAGAACUGAGACUAUCAGACUAUGUUGAGUUCAUUCAUAAUGAGUGGACAACAGUCAAGGAACAAGCAAGAAUGAACUCUGAUGAAUCGAAAGAAAAGCAAAGUAAAAAUUAUGAAAGAAGGCGCAGGCUAAGAACUUUCAGCAUUGGUGACUUAGUCUUAUACGAGAAACAAGUACGCUCAAAUAAAUUAGACUCUAAAUAUGAAGGUCCUUACGAAAUAAUUGAGAAAAUUGGAGAAACAACGUACUUAGUAAGGAAAGACGAACACUCUGAACCCAAAAGAGUACAUGGAUCCCAAAUCAAACCUUAUUCUACGAUUUCAAGAACUUCAAGAUCACAAAAUAAUUUGAUUCUUUCCAAAAGUGUUAUCUUAAUGAUUUUGACUUUACUUAUAUCGAUUGCCAACCCUUUCGAAUUUGGCGAACCCCUGAUUUGGAAAGAUUCAACAAAUAAAUUUCUGAAAGGAAUCAUUGCAGUUAACCAAACCAUAAUGAUGGUGAAUCCUUGCAAAUCAAUUCCCGAAUAUAAGAGCUAUUUCGAUAAAAGAAUUGGUAUGAUGAGUCUCAACGAAUCAGAUUGUACAUUCGUGUGGCAAAUAGAUAAUCUAACUAAAACUUAUCGUGGAUGUGUUGAUGGAAUAAAAGGCUUCAAACGACCUGUUUGUGACGCGAUGGUUGACCAGCUUUGUUUUCAAUACACUCAUCGGAACGAUAUUUUCUACAUAGCCCGCCAAUCUUGUCUAAAAUACAUUAAUGAGAAAAUGAAUAAAGUCAAAGAACUAUGCACAUCAAUGGAAACUCGAAGUAAUGGCAGACAAAGAAGAGAUUUCGGCGUAUCAGCUGCACUGUUUGGAGCUUCACUUGUUGUCCUUGGAACUAAUGUCCUUUACAACAAUUUCGGUAGUGCUCCAACAGAAGCUGAGGAAAUCACAAAUAAAUUCAUGGAACAAACAUCUAAAAUACUUGUAGCUUAUCAGGCGAAGCUAAUGGAAAUGUCAGCAACUUUAUCAGAUUUAAAGAUAAGAGUUGCUCAAUUGGAAAAUACAACUCUGGAGAACUCGUUUAAAGCAGCCGAUAUAAGUUACGAAAUGAAUCGCUUAAUAUCAACCAUGCAAGAAACAAUGAAAUUUAUUAUAUCACAAGGAACUAUACCUAAAUCGACAUUUGACUUUUUCAACCUCACAUUACCAUGUGGUGCUUCGUGCCCAUUGGAAGAUGUAACAGAUGCUAAAUGUCAAUUUUUGGGAGAAAGUAACGAAACAUGGUAUAUGUCACUCACUUUCAAAGUAAAGGAACUAGAAACUAAUCUGGUAGUACAAAAAGCUGAUGCCUUCACUUUACUUACCAAAGAAGGGAACUCAAUUUGUUUGCGGAGAUAUAAAGGACCACAAUAUAUAGUGGUUAAUACAUCUUCAACUGAAAUCUGCCAGAUUGAUCCAGAGGAAGUCAAGCAACGUUUUCUUGUUCAUUAUCCUAAUUAUUGUGAUAGAACACUCAAUAUAAGUAUUUGGUCUAAUGAAAACUGCGUUGAGAAUUCAAAAUACAAAAUAAGAAAACCUCAAGUUAAAAUGAUAAAUGACCAUUUUUAUAUUUAUUGCGUUGGCCAUAAUAUAACGUUGUUUGGAAACACUAAAACAUGUCCAGAUAAGAUCCUGAAAAUUGCAAUGACGUUGAAUUUCUCUAUUGAUGAUACUCCUUAUACAGUUACACAACUAGCGCAUUUGGAAAAAUAUACUAUGACUUCAAUGUCCAAUUUAAUAAAUUGGAAGUUACUGGACAUUCAACCAGCUUUACAAAAUGAUACGCUAUCUCAUGAUAUAGAGAUAUUGCAAAAUCUGGUCAAGGAACAUAAAGGAGCUAUAGCUAGUAAUUCAUGGGUUGAAUGGAUAAAGAAAAGUUUAAUUACUCUUUCACUUGCAAUCAUAACAUUAUGUUUUGUCUUACUUAUACUGACGAAAUUUAUCUCAACAAUCUGUUAUUGUAUAAGACGACCUGUAGUAUCAGUCAAUAUCUUACCUGAUCAAAAUAAUAGAACACAGAAAGUUAUACCACUAAGUUCUUUAUAUUAGCCAAAAAUAUUAUUAUCAUAACAUGUAGAUAGCGAAUAUAUAUACUAACGUAGAAUAGUUGGCAGUUACUGCUCAAAGCAAAUUGAAUUAUAAUCAUAAUCAAUUAAUUUCAAAAUUUAGGUCCAUACCAAGAUGCCUUAUCAACUAAGACCAAGAGAGCAGAUUCCAAUGCUUGUCGACCUUGAAUCCGAGAGUACGGACGAGGAUGACUUACCAGAUUUCUACCGCGCAACCCGCCAUUUUCAACACUAUGAUGGAAUAAUUGAUUGGGCUGAAUUCAAUCAACCAAGUACAUCCGGUUAUAAUAAUGUACAACAUCAAGAAACAACACAAUCGGAAGCUGAAGAAGAUGAAGACCCUAUGCGAUUGACCGACGAGCAGGUGUUAGACCAAGAAACCAUAAAAGACUUUACCUGUACCAUAUGUUUAGAAAUAGUCCUAGAAAAUUAUCGCUUACAAACAUGUAGUAAUUGCCUGUCUUCCCUUUGCCCUCACAAGUGCCUAAUUAAACAUAAAGAAACGGAACAGAUUAGAAUAGCAGCACUUGCAUAUAGCAAUCCCAAUGAACCCAUUAGGUGUCCCACAUGUCGAGAACCCUUGAUUAAUAGGAAUAGACCUGCUGAAGGACCAAAAUCUAUUCAAAUUUUAGAGAAUUUACUUUGUAAAUGUUAUUUUGAUCCGCAUUGUAGUGAUAUUUUGAAAUUAAUAGAAUAUGCUAAUCAUGUUUCUACAUGCAGAUAUGAUAAAAAUAACUGCUCAAACUGUACCACCAAGAACAGGAGUCAACAAUUUCACCUUGACAUCUGUAUGGAUGAGGUAUUGAAAAUUAGACUAGAGUUAGAAGAGUUACGAUCACUCUUUAAUAGAAGUAUCAUUACACUUUCGGGUCAAAAUAAAUGCCUUGAAGAAAAAGAAUCGAAAAUCAAACAAUUACAGGAAAAAGUUGUUACAUUAGAAGAUGAAAUAGCUCAAUGCAACAUGUCUAAAACACAACCGAUUAUCAAUGAAAACCCUACUCCCUCUACUAGUACAAAUAGCAUCUUGACCAUCUCGAAUCCCAUACGUAGUGCAAAAAAUCACGGUGCCACACACACAAAAUUCACGAUUAAUUACUUAGAUAGAACUUUCCUCUUAGAAGGAAUUUCCUUAAAGGCCCCAGGUUCGGUCUUAAAAGCAGAAAUUGAAAAGAAGUUAGGACAUGAAAUAGGUUCAAUAUUGAGACUGGAUUACACCCCAAUAGAAGACAAUAAACAAAUCUGGCAUCACCAAUUUUGCUACAAACCUGUUGUGAUCACAGCGCUACCGGUAAAUGUUCCAGUCAAACGAGGACAACAACUCUUGGUGGAAAUAAAGGACACUGGUGCAAUUGUUUGAUUAAAAUGUAACUGAGCAGUGGGCUGCUCAGAAAGGCCGUCGGAAUAUGUAAACUAAAUUUAGAAUUACAUGCAUGUUGCAAGCCAAGAAAGACUUGGCUUGUAGUAGUCUUUUUUUAGACCCAUAUAUGGGAACAAGAUAAUUUUAGUUAAACUGUAGCCCUUAUAAAAGGGAGAGAAACCAGAAAUAAACCACGCUUUCUUGGAAAAA